AUGCUGGAUCUUCAGACAAACUACUGCAGGGAAGUGGAUUAUUAUCCAAAGACGGUCAGCAAAGCACAAGAUAUGUUGAAGAUUCAUAUGGAUGUGAUCAAGAAUCCGGGAGUGAACCUUUACCAAGAAAAUGACCAACCAAAUCAAGGUAAAGGUAAACCGAAGGACGAUAAGAAAAAGGCAGCAUGUUAUGUAUGUGGCAGCAAGGAUCAUAUGUCUCCAAAAUGCCCAGACAGAAUGCUACCAGAGACUCAAUGGAAAAAUUUGAAACACUAUGUUGAUUAUGGGAAGAAGCUCAAUCUCAAUCAGAUUGGAGCAACUGUCCUAGCUACAGUUCCUGGAACUUCUCCAGCGACAAGUAUUAUCACUGGUGGAACAUCGAGUGUUGCGGGAAGCGUUAACACACCUUUGCAACUUACUGGUACUACAGGUAAUCAAAUGAUGCAAGUUCCUUCAGGAAUGCAGCUCAUAUCCGGGUCGUGUAGCCACUAUAUUUUUUGA